AUGCCUCCUUCUCGUCAAUGUGUCCGCUGUUCUGCAUGGUUGAAAGCUAACCCUCUAGUGCGCUGCUUGAGGUCGAUGGACGACGAAGGUCCAAACACUCGCGGAUCGGCCAAACCCCCUCCAGAACAGCAUGUACCCUGCCUGACUAUCCAGUGGCAGAGCAACCGCGCUCUCACUGACAUCCUCGUCAACCAUCUCACCACGCACCCUGCCGAUUGCAGAGUGCUUUUCUACUCUGACGGCAAGAAAGUGAUGUCCGCCGUCGAUGAUGGUGCCUUGGGCUCAGACAAGGGGCAGGUAUACAGUACCCUGGCCAAACUCAUUUUCAUCGACCACCCGAGUCUUAGGGGGAAAUACAAGAAGCUGAAGGCAUCUUUUGACAGCACUGGCGCUGGUGUGAUGCCUGAUGAAGGCAUGCAAACGAAAAACCUAUUGGAGCUCCCAUGGUACACAGAACUGGAUGCCAUUUGGCAUGCCAAUCCGUCCAUGGCCACGAAAACCCACUCAUCAAGACCUGGUGUUGAUCACGCCGGCGCGUUAUAUUCCCUGGUUCGACCACGUGCUGGGGCUGGUCCCCCCAUGCAGGUUGAUGCCAGUGCUGGUCCCCCCAUGCAGUUUAACGCCGCCCCUCAAUGGUCUCGCACCUCCAACCCUCAGCCACCUCCUCAUGUAUAUCCCCCGCAUGAUACCCAUCCUUCCAGCACUCCGCCCUCGCAUUACAGCCAGCACUACUAUCCGCCAGCAAUGCCUUAUGCUGGGGGUUCACGUGGUGAUCCUUCCAUCGAUCCAACGCUGCAACAACCUGCUCCUGCUCCCACAUUACCUUACGCUGCCCCCUUGCCCUCUGCUGCCCCCUAUGCUGCCCCCUUGCCCUCCGCUACCCCCUUGCCCUCCGCUGUCCCCUUGCCCUCCACUGUCCCCUUGCCCUCCGCUGUCCCUUUGCCCUCCGCUGCCUCCUUACCCUCUGCUGCCCCCUACACUCGGUCCCCUCAAAUUCAUCUUCCUGGCCUUCCGGCAUCAGAUGACGACAUGGACAUGGACUUUCAAGGCACCAGUGGCCCAUUGGAUGCCCCCCUCGGAGACACCUUACAUCACCUCGAAGGUGACGAGAGGGCCGAUAGCUCUUCCAAAGUCACUGGGAAGAAGCGACAACUUCCUUCGUCGCUGUCUCCCCCUCCCGACGCUCCCGAACCUUUCAACGUGCCAGCAGCAUCCCCAUCGUCUGUCUACAACAGCCGCUCGGCAUUUGGCCCGAAGAAGCCACCAAGCCACGGUAGACAUCGCAGGCUGCCAUUGGAGAUCUCUUUCAGCAUGUCAGCGCCUUCGUCCAUGACACACAAUACUAGCUCAUCGUCGGACUACCUGAUGUCCUCGACCCCCCAGACUUCACUUCCAAACAGCGCCGGCGGCUCGAAGAAGAAGAAAGCAAAGUCAGAUGUGAUGCAGCAGGUUAACGAGGUGAAGGAUGAGAUAGCGUCUAUGCAAUCCGACGCGAUGUCACGCCACGAUCACAAACACCAACGCUUCCUCGUGAAGCUCAAGGCGAAGACUGAACACAGCCGCGACAUCAAGAAGUAUGAGUGGCUUCACGCCACCCGCAAGCACGAGACCUUCCAGGCUACCAUCAGCCAUCAGCAUCUGCAGGAGUCGAAGGAUAGCGAGAUCCGCCUUCGCGAGACUGACAUCCGAGUCUACGAAGCACAUUCAUUGGUGCUUGACAAGGAGGCGGAGACUCUUCGACUCAAGAUCCAGUUUCAGCAAAUGAUGCAGGCGAGCAAGGGCCCAGCAUCAGAUGGAGUUGAGUGA